AUGAGUGGAAGCGUCAUAGGCAGGGAGCGAAAUAUUUGCUUGGGAUUGGUCGAUCAGUACGUCCAAACAAUUGCAACAGAAGCAAAUUCGACGUACUGUAUGGCAAAUUUUGAUCGAUCAUUAUGCUGGCAAAAAACUGCAUCGGGUGAAGUUGCACAGAGGAAGUGUCCAUUUUCGUAUUGCCUGAAUGUCGAGGGUUGUGAAGAAAUUGAGAAAAACUACACCGUACAACGUAUCUGUAAUGAGAAUGGUAGUUGGGCGGAACCGAUUUACACACAAUGUAUUGACAUCCUAAAGUAUCAUCCCCAUUGUAUCGUUGGAUUCUGUAGGACGUGUCCGGAUUUACUCCGUGAAACGGUUAUCAACGUAUCAUUAACGUUAAGUAUCGUUUCUGUGGCAUUACUGGUAACUGCACUAAUAUUGUUUGGUAUAUUAGAUUCCAUCCAGUGUCAACGCAUUUUAAUUCAUAAAAAUCUUGCAAGCUCUUUUGUAUUUCGAUUUACUGUGUUGGCUUUAUGGACAAUUGCGCAGACGAUGAAUUUUUUUCAGGAUUGUUCUUACUAUAAUUCGAUGCCUCUAUAUGAAUAUGAAUGGAUUUGUAAGCUGUUACUUUGGCUGGUCAUUUACUUUCAGGUUGCAUCAGUUAUGUGGAUGCUUAUUGAAGGCGGAUAUUUGUACAGUCGUUUCACCGUGUUUGCAAUGAGAAACAUUAAUUGUCCCAAUUAUGCUUUUUUCCUUUGCGGUUGGGGUAAGUCAAUAAUGGGCUGA